GAAGCGGCUGCGCGUGCGCGGGCCUUGGGGUCCUCUGCGAGCGGCGCGGCCCCGGAGCGGCGCGGCCCCGGAGGUUCGGUUGUCGCCGCCCGUCCUGGCGAGGAGCAGCGGCGCUGGUGUCCCGGCGGAACCUGCAGUCGAAUCAAGAGCCAUGUGGUCAGCUGAUGAAAUCGCUGGGUUAUGUUACCUGCAUUACAGGACCAGACUUCCUAAGCAGGGAAAACCAGAUCCAAACAGGGAAUGGACUUCCCUGGCAGCUGUUAUCAAAGUGGAAUCUGCAGCCCAAAGAGAGGCUCUUGAUAGUCCAGGAAACUUGCUGGUAACUAAGGAAGUUGUUGCUAUGGGAACUGGAACAAAAUGUAUUGGCCAAAACAAAAUGCGAAAAACUGGAGACAUUCUGAAUGACAGCCAUGCUGAAAUUGUGGCCAAGAGGAGCUUCCAGAGGUAUCUUCUCCAUCAAUUGUGGCUUGCAGCUUCCCAUCAGCAAUGUAUCUUUAGUCCGGGAACUGAAACUGGGAAAUGGAAACUGAAACCAAAUAUCAUAUUUAUUUUCUUCUGCAGUCAUACCCCAUGUGGAGAUGCUUCUAUUUUUCCAAUCAGUGAACCAGAGAACCAGCUUCCUAAGACAGUGACUGAAGGUCAUGCAGCUGGACAAUCAGCAGAAUGUAGAAGUAACCAUAAUCACUUAUGUCCAGAAGAUAAGAGAAAAUCAGAGAACAUGGCAAGGAAUUGUAUAAUCAAGAGAAUGAAAACUGAUGAUGGUGGUUGUUUUUCUGUAAUCACUGAAGACCUGGCUGUUCAGCAUGAAUCUAUGAAACGAGAAGACAACGCAAAUCAGAAUAGCUCUGAAUGUUCCGCAGAGAUGCAAACAGCUAAUAAGGAGACUGGCAUAGUGAAACCGAAGGUAGUAGAUGUUCAUAGAACUGGAGCAAAAUGUGUACCUGGAGAGCUGAAUGAUGCCCGAAUACCUGGGCUGGGGUACCACUGUGUGGGAUUAUUACGAGUGAAGCCAGGUCGAGGAGACAGAACAUGCUCUAUGUCCUGCAGUGAUAAACUGGCUCGCUGGAAUGUGUUAGGGUGUCAAGGAGCUCUUCUGAUGCAUUUUCUGCAGCAUCCAGUGUAUCUGUCAGCAGUUAUAGUGGGGAAGUGUCCAUAUAGCCAAGAAGCUAUGCGGAGAGCAGUUAUUGAAAGGUGUCAGCACAUCUCAUCUUUACCGGAUGGCUUUCUCACUCAGGAGGUUCAGCUCCUGCAAUCGGAUCUUCAGUUUGAACACAGCCGACAGGCAAUUCAGGAAGUUCAAAGCAAGAGCAAAACAAAACUUGUUCCUUGUAGUGCAGCUAUCAGUUGGAGUGCAGUCCCCGAAGAGCCUCUGGAUGUCACCUCAGACGGCUUCCGCCAGGGAACAACAAAGAAGGGGAUUGGGAGCCAUCAGAGCAGAUCCAAAAUCUGUAAAGUGGAACUCUUCCAUAAAUUCCAAAAGCUGGUGACAAGUAUUUCACAAGAGGAUCUACCAGACACUCUACGGAUGAAGACACUAAAAACCUACUGGGACUACAAGGAAGCUGCAUUAAAUUAUCAAGAAGCCUGGAGAGUGCUGCGUAGCCAAGCUCUGCUGGGUUGGGUCAAGAAUGCCAAGGAAUACCUGCACUUCACAUGAGAAUCCAUGUGACUGUGUGAACCCAGGAAUAACCUCUGGUCCACAGCAGAUACCUCUGUAGGUCAAGGGCCAGAAAAAGACACCCUCUAGUUUAUGUGCUGUAAAGAGACAAGAAUGAAAAGGAAAGCAAUUUAGAGAAUACUUAUAUUUUUACUGAGUUGAAGCCCCCUUUUUAUUGAAAUAUAGAAAAGAAUCAUUGCUGACUUAAAAUUCUGAGCUGCUUGAAACAAUAUGCCUCCAAAAGAAAGGAAGCAGUGCUGUGCUAUCCUAGUAUCUGAGGGUAUGGCCUACCAGCCACAGUCACUGCAGUGAAAGAAAUGUCAACUGAUAUUCAAGCAUUACUAUGGAAAAUUUUAGUGCCACUUUUUUCUUCCACUUCUCAUAAUGUUGUGGUUGUUUUUCUGUUGCUGGGACAACCCUCAUGUAUAAUAAGUAAUACUUUCAUAACUCUGAGCUCUUCUUGUCUAGUGCCUGGAAGAAUUUUCUAUGUCACUCAGCCCCAUUGCUUCUAACUGGAAAACUAGUUCUGUUAAAGUAUCUCCUUUUUUUGGGAAUCCUUCAUAUAUGCUGCUAUUUACUAAACAUAGCCACAGAUAUUGCCACAGCAGAAGCAAAAGCACCAGGAAGGAGUCUGUGUCAAAUAAUACUACUUAUGAUAUUCUGCGCAUCUCAGUUUCAGGACUUUACCAGAUAACAUUUCAACUGCUUUGCUUCUGUUAGGCAGGAAAGAAAACUCCUGAAUGACUUGGUUCAAAUUGGCCAAUCCUGUGUAAUUACAGGCAAACAUUUACCUACUUUUCAGUGUUUCAAGCACUGUCCAUCUCCAUGCUCCCUUGUGGGAAAUGGUCAAUUAAAAGCAGAAAUGCUUCAGCCAUUUA